AUGGCUUCGCUCAGUCAACAGCCGAAACCCGCAGACGAUGAGUUGGAACGACACCUUGCUCUGGUGGGUAGAUCCAAUUCUUCUCCGCAGGGCGUACUGCAAGACACCAAGAAACGCCAGCUCUACUCCCUUACAACUGCGCCGCUUAUCUCGCGAAAAGUGAAGCAACAUGUCGCUACGAGUCUUGCCAGGAAAGGGGACCAAGAUCUUCCGUUCGACAUGUACGGUCUACUGGGUCUGCGUACAGCUACCUACGACAAAGACCGCGACAUCGCCUCCCAGAACCCCAUAAGCCCUCUUGAUUAUCCCUCCGGCCAGAUCCAGACUCCGAUGCAGGACGAUCCUAUUGCUGACAACCUGCUCUAUUCCAACACAUCAGCACCAUGGUCUGCCUUCAUUUGCGGUCAGCAAGGCGCAGGAAAGAGUUACACGAUGUCUUGUCUCCUGGAGAAUGCCCUCUUGCAAGGUCAUGCGCUCGGCCGUAACGACAAUCCACUCACAGGUCUGGUCUUUCACUAUGACAAGCACGCAGCAUACGAGUCCACACAAAUUUGCGAAGCCGCAUUUCUCUGCACCAAAGGCGUCAAGGUCGAGGUACUUGUAUCUCCAACGAAUUUCGCUGCUAUGAAGAAGGAGUAUCACAACUCUGAACGCUUCGGAGUUUCGAAGAAAGAGCUACCAAAAGUUCGGCCGCUUCUGUUCGACGACGCUAUGCUUAGUGUCGACUACAUGCUCAACUUGAUGAACCAAGGCGAUUCUGACAAGCUACCGCUCUACAUGGCUACCGUUGUCGACGUGGUUCGAGAGAUGAAGAUGCUCGGUCAGACUUUCACCGUUGCCAGCUUCAAGACCCGGAUGACUCAGCGAGGUAUGAAGCCAGACCAGAAGGCGAUGUUCGAUCAGCGGAUGGCAUUGCUCGAGACCUUCAUGUGGUCGUCAGCCAAGGCCGUAAUCAGGAGUUUGGCGAACGGCGAGCGUGGCCUAAAGUCCACACCUGGGCAACUCACCAUAGUCGACCUUAGCUGCAGCACCAUAGGAGAGGCUGAUGUCUGCACGUUCUACGAGAUGUGUCUGUCAAUGUUUCUGGCGAAUCGAGAAAAGACCUCGAGUUUGCUCGUCGGCAUCGAUGAAGCGCACAAGUUCCUCACCGAGACACCUGAAGCGAAGCACUUGACCGAAGAACUCGUCCGUCUGAUCCGCCAGCUGCGCCAUCUCAAAUCCCGCGUGCUCAUUGCGACCCAGGAGCCUACUCUCGCGCCAGAGCUGAUGGAUCUCUGUGAUGUCUCCAUUAUCCACCGUUUCCGCUCGCCAGCUUGGUUCAGUGCGAUCAAGGAUCAUCUGGCUGGCCUGGUGUGGUCUGGUAGUGUUGGUGGCUCUGGCAACGGCAAGGAGGUGUUUGAGCGCAUUGAGGACUCUGAUGGUUCCAAUCCGUUCUACUCUGCUUCCGAGGAAGGCGAUGGUGGUGCGGAUCUUGACGACGAAGACGAUACCCUAGCUGAAUCUAUGGCCGAGCUUGGACUUGAUGAUGAGCAGAGGCUGCAAAAGCAGGUCAAUGCCUUGUCCAAGGUUCAGCCGCUCAACACCAAGUACAUCAAGGUACAGAUUCGUCAGCGGCUCACUACGGAUGGUGGAAAGAGUCAGAUGGCGAGUCGUUGA